GAACGAAAGUGCCAGCAUAGUUCGUAUAAACGAACAAUGGAGUGAUAUUGGAAAACAACUCCGAACAAACCAAUGAAAUUAAUAUACAGGUGUGCUGGUGUUUACUUCUAUACUGCGAUACAGGGCGAGUGGUAUUCCAGUCAUUCGAUAUUGGGCUAUAUCAAUCUACCCACGGACUUCAACCUCCCAUUUCCUAUAAGUUUACAGAAAAGACCUUUCCAAAAUUGAAAUAUUCUGCCAGAAACUAACAUUGUGUCUUGAGUCUUGAAAUCUGCAUUAGGUAACUCAGGUUUUGAAUGUAGUAAUGUUAAAGGUCAUUGAUGAUUUGGGUAUCUUAUCAAAAUUCCGUCUUCCAAUGAUAUUGUAGGUUUCAGUCAGAAUAAAAAAACCAGUUGGAAUCUCAUCCCUACACCAAAUUAAACAUGAAUAAUAUAUAUCGAAUUUUGUUUGUGGUUUUCUUCACAUUUGCAGAAAUUCAUUCGAAUUCAGAAGAUGAUGAUGGUGUGAAAUAUGCUGAUAGAUGUGAAGUAUGCAAAAUCCUUGCAACUGAACUCCAAGAAAGGCUGGAAGAAACAGGAAAAACAAGUGAAGUAAUCGAAACAGGAUAUGCCGUUGAUGAUGUAAAACCAAAAAAAAAGAAGGAAUAUAAAAAGUCGGAGCUGAGAUUAGUUGAGUCACUAGAUGGUGUUUGUGAAAGGAUAUUGAACUACAACAUUCACAAAGAGAGACAAGACAGCACACGGUUCGCCAAAGGCAUGAGCCAAACAUUUCAAACUCUACAUGGCUUGGUUGAUAAAGGAGUCAAAGUGGAAUUGGGAAUCCCUUAUGAGUUGUGGGAUAAACCAAGUGCAGAAAUCACAAAUAUGAAGACACAGUGUGAAACCCUUCUUGAACAAAAUGAAGGAGACAUAGAAGACUGGUAUUUCCAUCACCAAGGGAAGGAAUCUCUGAAGAAAUAUCUCUGUGAAGAUCGUGCUUUGAAAAAUCUAGAUUCCAAAUGCCUAUAUGAAAAUCCUAAGGGAGAUACUGGAAGCAAAAGGCCUGCUUCCAAACAGGAAUUGUAAUUUUAUUUCCAUAUCAAGAUCAAAGUGUGUUUUGUAUUAGUGUAAGUCUUUUUAAGACAAACUUGUGUGAUUAUAGUUAAAUAUACCAUUGGAAUAAUAAAGUGUAAAAAACUGUAUAUUAUUCAA